AUGAAAAAGGAUGGUGGUUUAUUGCUUGUGCAUGAGAAGAAUAGCUUGGGGAUAGGUGGUAUGUGUAGAUACAUUUUACAAGUAGAUCACAAAAAACUUAAAGAGGAUGGAAUUGAUACGCAGGAACUAUAUUUAAGAUUUAAAAACCUAGAAAGUCCGUUACUGCGACCAGUUUAUCUAACUGGCCCAUAUGCAUUCUAUAUUGACGUAAGGCCGUGCAACUAUGACGAGGAUAAGACCUAUAUUGGUUCGGAGGAUGUAGCUUUUUGCAGUGAUUUAAAGCCGGACGAGAAAUUUAAGGCCAAACUCUAUUUCAAUGCCAAUUCUCGAUUGCAGACCAAGAAUGCCCGAGAUGAAAUAUAUUCCUGGACUAUAGACAUUAUAUCACAACUAGCUGUUGUUACUUUCCCUAUUCUGAAAUAUAGCUUUAAAGUAGGGACUUCAAAAAAGAUAGUGAAGAAGUCAAAGGGUAAAAAAGUCACAUCUGUUAGGGGGCUAAGUUUGAAAAUGUGGGAUGAAAAAUCCUUGUGGAACUUACCGCCUAAGUAUCCUGAUAAACCAAUUCAUUUAGUAAUACUCACACAUGGUAUAUUUUCGAAUGUAGGAUGCGAUAUGCUCUAUAUGAAGGACAAAAUUGAACAGACGGCCAUGAAUAUUGAAGAGCGAUAUAAUCCCAAUGUGGUUGUUAGAGGGUGUAUGGACAAUAUGGGCAAAUCGGCACAUGGUAUUUAUUAUCUGGGGAAGAGAUUAGCCAAAUUUGUAGUGAGAACUGUUGAAGAAUUAAGAAAAGAGUAUCACGUUGAUAAGAUAUCAUUCAUUGGCCAUUCCCUCGGUGGUCCUACUCAGUCUAUGGCUAUACAUUACAUUUCAGUUAUGUAUCCUGACUUUUUUAAUACUGUGUCUGGCAUAAAACCAAUGCAUUUUAUUGCACUAGCCAGUCCCUUUAUCGGUGUCAUAGGUGAUUUCCCAUUAUACUUAUCUGUACCGCUUGAUAUGGGUGCUUUAGGAUUGACAGGAAGGGACUUGAAUCUAAAAUACACACCCUUAACAUCUAACGAAGGUCUUUCAGCUUUAACAUUGGCGCAAGAAAACUCACAUCUACCAAAGAAUAUUCUUGAAAUAAUACCUCAACCACCAGCACAGCAAGUUUUCCAGUUGUUUAUGAACAGAACCUUAUAUGCAAACAUUGUUCACGAUGGUAUAGUGCCUCUUCGUACAGCAGCUUUGUUAUACUUAGAUUGGAGAAGUUUGACACAAGUAAAAGAUAUUAAAAAGUCUGCUGGGGAAAAGAGUAAUAAUAAGAUUACAGAAGAUUCACCAACAGAUAACGAAUCUGUCAGUACUACAAAUAAAGAUAACAAAAUGGGAGAAAUUCCUUCAGAAAGCCCUAACAGUAAGAACUUUUUACAAUGGGCUCUACCUCAAGUAAUAAUAAAAGGACCCAAGAUGAAUAAAUUCAAAAGAGGGCAAAUCAUGGACACCAAAAGUAAUGAAUCUUCGGAUACGGACACUGAGAGCUCAGAUAGUAAGCAGGAACAGAAAUUUAAAGGACCCUCUGAAGCAUCGACGUUCAUGUCAGCUCUGUCGACUCUUACCGCACCAGUACCGACUCAAGAAUACAUUAAAAAUCCUAAGGUAAGGAAAGACCGUGUUGUUCAUGAUAGAGUUUACGAACCACAAGAUCUACCAGAGCAACAUUACUUGAAGAGAUCUACUAUGAAGAGAGUGGUAUAUCCAAACGAAAGUGUGAACCGUAUUCAGGAGCGUAUUGCUAGAGCCUGGCAAAUGAACAUGUCUUGGAGAAAAGUCCUGGUUGAAAUUCAGCCAGAUUCACACAACAAUAUUGUUGUGAGAAGGAGAUUUGUUAAUCUUUAUGGUAAUGUAGCAGUAUCUCAUAUGGUCAGAGAGCAUUUCGGGUUGGAGGCAUGUAAGAAGCAAGCUGGUGUUAAUAAUAAUAUCAAAUUAACUAAACUAUAA